UAAUAGAAGUCAGAAGCAUGCUUACAUUUAGCAGGGAGGGUAAUGAGCACACAAAAACAGAAGGGGGCUUCAAGGGUUUUGGUAACCGUUUUAAUUUGGGUUCUACUUAUACAAGUGUGCUCACUUCAUGAAAAUGUAUUGAGUUUUACACUUAGAAUGUGUACCCUUUUCUGAUAUAUAUUUCAAAAUAGUGACUUUUUAAAAAUUGUAAACUUUUGUAAACAUCAGUUAUCACUUAUUUCUUAAAUAUAAUCAAACCCACAAGAGAAAGUUUCUUCUCAAAAUGUAUUUUAUGAAGAACACUAAUAUAUUAUUUCAGUUUGUUCUGAAAAGUGUUCUUUUACUGAAAGCUAACCCAACAGAUAUUUCUUUAGAACUUCCACUACUUAAGAACUGGAGAAACGAUCGGGCGCACUUCUGUGACUUAAAAGGACAUUGGUAUGACAACAGUUAUAAUUUGGAAUGAAAUGACAAAUACUAUAUGCAAUAGUAAAUAAGGACGCCUGGUGGCGCUGCAGGCUAGGAGUAUGAAUGAAAAGCUCUGUGACUAUGCCGGACGCCAUUAAGCUGGGACUCAGAAUAAUGAAUGCUUCCUGAAAGACGGAAGUAUUUUAGGUAAGAUCUAGGGGCAGAUGUCUUCAGAGAGGACAUCAUUCUAGGGCGAGUCAGUCAGAAAGAUCUAAUUCAAGGUUAUUUAACCAAAUCAUCUGGGUCGACCGUAUACAGAGGUGAAGAAACUGCACCACAUGAAUUUGGUCUGAACAAUGGAGACAGCGCUAGCAAAAACGCCACAGAAAAGGCAAGUUCUCUUUCUUGCUAUAUUGAUGCUUUUGUGGGAGGCUGGCUGUGACUCAAUUAGGUAUUCCAUUCCAGAAGAAACAGAAAGUGGCUCCUUUGUGGCCAACCUGGCAAAGGACCUGGGGCUCAGGGUGGGGGAACUAGCUACUCGAGGCGCGCGAAUCCAUUACAAAGGAAACAAACAGCUCUUGGAACUGGAUGUAGAAACCGGGAAUUUGCUGCUAUAUGAAAAACUAGACCGGGAGGUGCUGUGCGGAGUGACAGAUCCCUGUAUACUGUACUUCCAGUUAUUACUGGAAAACCCAGUGCAGUUUUUUCAGGCUGAUCUGCAGCUUACAGAUAUAAAUGACCAUUCCCCAGAGUUCCUAGACAAGGAAAUGCUCCUCAAAAUCCCAGAAAGUGUUCAGCCUGGGACUGUAUUUCCUUUGAAAAUAGCUCAGGACUUUGACAUAGGUAGCAACACUGUUCAGAACUACACAAUCAGCCCCAACUCCCAUUUUCAUGUUGUCACUCAUAAUCGCGGAGAUGGCAGAAAAUACCCAGAGCUCAUGCUGGACAAAUCGCUGGACCGGGAGGAGCAGUCUGAACUCAGUUUAACCCUUACGGCGCUGGAUGGUGGGGAUCCACCUAGGUCCGGGACCACUGCAGUCCGUAUUGAAGUCGUGGACAUCAAUGAUAAUGCCCCUGCGUUUUUACAGUCGCUCUAUGAGGUACAGGUCCCGGAGAACAGCCCCCCAAACUCCUUAGUUGUCGUUGUCUCUGCCCAAGAUUUAGAUGCAGGAACAUAUGGGAAUGUACGCUACACUCUAUUCCAAGGCAAUCAAGUUAUUCAACCAUUUGUAGUAGACGAAAUAACAGGAGAAAUUCAUCUGAAAAAGGCAUUGGAUUUCGAGGCAACUCGAUACUAUAACGUGGAAAUUGCAGGCACGGACGGUGGGGGCCUUUCAGGAAAAUGCACUGUAGCUAUAGAAGUUGUGGAUGUGAAUGACAACGCCCCCGAACUGACCAUGUCAACGCUCACAAGCACAACCCCAGAAAACUCCCCAGAGACUGUAGUUGCUGUUUUCAGUGUUUCUGAUCCAGACUCCGGGGACAACGGUAGGAUGGUUUGCUCCAUCCAGAACGAUCUUCCCUUUCUCUUGAAACCCACAUUCAAGAACUUUUACACCCUAGUUACAGAAAAGCCACUGGACAGAGAAAGCCAAGCUGAGUACAACAUCACCAUCACGGUCACCGACUUGGGGACCCCCAGGCUGAAAACGCAGCACAACAUAACCGUGACGGUCUCCGACGUCAACGACAACGCGCCCGCCUUCAGCCAAACCACCUACACCCUGCGCGUCCGCGAGAACAACAGCCCCGCCCUGCACAUCGGCAGCGUGAGCGCCACGGACAGGGACUCGGGCGCCAACGCCCAGGUCACCUACUCGCUGCUGCCGCCCGCGGACCCGCAGCUGCCCCUGGCCUCCCUGGUGUCCAUCAACGCGGACAACGGGCAGCUGUUCGCGCUCAGGUCCCUGGAUUACGAGGCGCUGCAGGCGUUCGAGUUCGGCGUGCGCGCGGCCGACCGCGGCUCGCCCGCGCUCAGCAGCCAGGCGCGGGUGCGCGUGCUGGUGCUGGACGACAACGACAACGCGCCCUUCGUGCUGUACCCGCCGCAGAACGGCUCUGCGCCCUGCACCGAGCUGGUGCCCAGGGCGGCCGAGGCGGGCUACCUGGUGACCAAGGUGGUGGCGGUGGACGGCGACUCGGGCCAGAACGCCUGGCUGUCGUACCAGCUGCUCAAGGCCACGGAGCCCGGGCUGUUCGGCGUGUGGGCGCACAACGGCGAGGUGCGCACGGCCCGGCUGCUGAGCGAGCGCGACGCCGUCAAGCACAGGCUGGUGGUGCUGGUCAAGGACAAUGGCGAGCCGCCGCGUUCGGCCAGCGUCACGCUGCACGUGCUGCUGGUGGACGGCUUCUCGCAGCCCUACCUGCCGCUCCCGGAGGUGGCGGCGGCCGAGGCGCGGGCAGACCCGCUCACCGUCUACUUGGUCGUGGCUUUGGCGUCCGUGUCGUCGCUCUUCCUGUUCUCGGUGCUGGUGUUCGUGGCGGUGCGGCUGUGCAGGCGGAGCGGGGCGGCGUCUGCGGGUCGCUGCUCGGGGCCCGAGGGCCACUUUCCGGACCACCUGGUGGACGUCAGCGGCGCGGGGACGCUGUCCCAGAGCUACCAGUAUGAGGUGUGUCUGACGGGAGGCUCGGAGACCAGUGAGUUCAAGUUCUUGAAGCCGAUUAUCCCGAACUUCCCUCCCCAGGGCAUUGGAAAGGAAAUGGAGGAAAACGCCACCUUCAGGAAUAGCUUUGGAUUCAAUUAGGGAUCUGAUCACAAUGCCGUGAGUUUUGUCAUUUAUCUCUAAUUUCCCCUAAUACCGAGUUUGAGAGCGUCAUGGAGAAAAAUCCCACCUUCAGGUAUGAUUUCCCUGAAUUUAUCCUUUUCAACUUUAUCUUGCCCAAUUUUGGGAAAACUGAAUUCUCUGUCACUGCAUCUAUGUAUACACAGUGCCAUCCCAAAUCUAUGCAUGCUGUUGACUUUACUAAAAUGUUUGCUUUUGAUGGUAUUUGUCAGGAUAAGCUGUAUUAAUGAAAUCAAAUACUGUUUUUCUCUGUAUUCUGUCCAUUAUGUUUCAUCACACUGUUUUUGAUGCUAAAUAGCAAAAAUAAAAAGGUUUUACAUAAUUUUAUUUUGUUUUCAAAGGAAUACAUGCAAAUGAUAAUGAAUGUAAUAUGUGAGAAAACUUGACAAAAAGCACCAAUGUUCUAACUACUCUUCUUUCCUAGCUUUCAUCCAUACUGGCAAACAUUUUUUAAACAAUUUUUAUUGAAUUAUACAUACAGAAAAGGGAACGAAUCAUAAUUUCAAUGUGUUUUCAGAAAGUUAACAUACUUGGUACCAGCAUCUUGGUGGUUAGUAAUGAAACGUUACUAACAUUUCAGGUGCCACACAAAUUACCCCUUAAAGUCACUACCAGCCCAAGUAUAACAAUAUCCUGACUUCCAAUACUAUGAUUUACUUUUGCCUGUUUUGAAUUUAUAUAAUUGGAAUAGUAGAGUAUGAACUGCUUUGUGUCUGGCUGAUUUCACUCAACAUUAUGUUUAUGAUAUUUGUCCAUGACAAUGCUUUUAAUUUUAGUUUUUCAUUCUCAUUGCUGUAUAGUAUUCCACUGUAUGAAUAUUUUACAAUUUAUGACCCAUCCCACUAUAGACGGAUAUUUGGGUUGGUGCACAGUUUGCCUGUUUGAAUAGUACUACUUUGAACAUUCUCAUACACGUCCUUUGGCAAACAUGUAUAUGCAUUUCUGUUGGUAUAUACCUAGGGGUGAAAUUGCUGCUCAUUUAGUAAGUACAUGUUCCCUUUUUGUAGAUUCUUCCAAAUAGUUUCCAAAGUGGUUGUACCAGUUUACACUGCUCUCAGUACUGUCUGGAUGUACCAGUUCCUCCAUAUUUUUGCCCACACUUUCAUUUUAUCCCUUUGGAAAGUACCUUUAAACCUUUUUAUUUCUAGUCCUUCUUAUAUUCUUUUUUUAUUACUAAAGAAUAUGUUUGUAACCUUUUCAUAAAGUCUAAACAAUUUCCUUAAUUUUCUGCUACUGUUGUCUAGUACCUAGCACACUUAAAACUUCUCUCAUUCAUCCUUUACAUAGAGCUCUGUCACUAUUUUCCAGUACUUCCCUGAACAAGCUGAAACCCUCCAUUUAUUGUUCAUAACAACAGUUCAUUUCAUUUACUUGUCUGACAGAAAAAAUACAAUUCUUAUUUUUUUCUCUUACUUCUUUCUCCCUUACACUUUACAACCUCUGUCAAAUUAACUUACACUUUUAUAUAGUCCAGAUUGAUGACAUUUUUACUCUAUAACCAUAGCUAAGAAUAGAAUUCCCCCUUUUGUCUGUAUAUCUGUUGUAGAAUCUGAAAUCAAUAUUAAAAAUUCACUUUUAAUGACCAUUAUAUUAUGAAUGCCCUGUACCCAAAGAUCACAAGGACACACUGGAUCAGAACAAAGCUGAGUUUAUUGACUUGUUGUAACAAGGGAGACUGCACGUUCUGGGAAAGCUUUGGUCACCUUAGUAAUAGCUCCUUAAAAAAGUAUAAGGCUUUUGUUUGGUAGUUUUGCAUAGGGCUCAAGGAAGUAGCCCUGGACUGGAUGCUUCCAGUGAAUGGGAGUAAUUCUAUUAUAGAGUAUCUUAUUGAAUUCUAUUCAGGAAAUGAGAAGAACAAAGGGAGGUUAAAAUGUAAUUGUUUUUUUAAAAACCAGCAUUCAAUCAUAAUCAGCCAGGACAGAGUACUCUGGGCAUUGUUUUGGUUUAUACAACGUUCUUGUUUUUGACUGUGCUCAAGCAUGAUCAUGAUGUCAUCUUAUUGCAGUUUUGUUCCAUCUGAUCACAAUCCCUCUUUAAUGAUGUUGUUCUGUGAAGUUGUUUAUAUUCAACAGGAGAUCAUGGCCUAUUGUGAGUGCCACGCCAAUUCCUAUGUAUAAGAGACUGAUUUUCUCAAAAUAUUCAUUGCACUAUAAAAUUCCUAGAAGAAAGCAUAGGAGAAAAGCUUCAUGACAUUGAAUUUGGUGGUGAUUUCUUGGCUUUCACACCAGAAGCACAUGGAACAAAGCGAAAAUAGACCAAUGAGACUACAUCAAACUUAAAAAAUUUUGUGCACCAAAGAACACCAUCAACAGUGAAAAGGCAACCUAUGGAAUGGGAGAAAAUAUUUGCAAAUACUAUAUCUGAUAUGGGAUUAAUGUCCAUAAUAUUUAAGAACUCCUACAACCCAACAAAAACAAAAAAAUCAAAUAACCUGAUUAAAAAAUGAGCAAUGGACUUAGAUAUUUCUCCAGAGAUGAUAUGCAGACGACCAACAAACAUAUGAAAAAAUGUUCAACAUCACUAAUCAUCAGAGAAAUGGAAAUCCAAACCACAAUGUAGUGUCACCCUACACACAUUAGGACGACUGCUAUCAAAAAAAAAAAAAAAACCAAACCAGAAAAUAGCAAGUGUUCAAAAGAAUGUGGAGAAACUAUUCCCUCCGUGCAAUGUUGGUGAGAUUGUAGAAUGGUGCAACUGCUAUAAAAACAGUAUGAAGUCUUCUCAAAAAAGUGUAAAAGAGAACUUCUAUAUGAUCUGGCAAUCCCAUAUCUGGGUAUAUACCUAAAGGAAUUGAAAGUAGGGUCUCAAAGAUAUUUGUGCACCCAUGUUCAUAGCAGCAGUAUUCACAACUGGCCAGAGAUGGAACCAACCCAAAUACCCAUGUAUGGAAUCUUAAAAAAGGAAGGGAAGCCUAUCACAUGCUACAACAUGGAUGAACUUUGAGGGCAUUAUUCUAAGUGAAAGAAGAUAGUCACAAAAAGGCAAAUACAGUAUGAUUCCACUUAUAUGAUGUAUCCAAGGUUGUUAAAUUCAUACAAACAGAAAGUAGAAUGGUGCCUACCAGGGACUGGGGGAGGAGGAAAAGGAGAGUUUUUGUUUGAUGGGUAUAGAGUUUCAGAUUUGCAAAAUGGAAACGUUCUGGAGAUCUGCUUCCCAACAAUGUGAAUGUACUUAACACUAUGGAACUGUAUACCUCAAAAUGGUUAUGAUGGUAAAUUUUGUGUUACAUUUUUUAACCGCAGUGAAAUACAUUGCUCAUUGCAGAGCCAUAUUACUUAAGGACUGUAUUUUCUGCUCCUUUGAUCUACUGUUGUGUUUCCUGUGCCAUUGAAAAUACAGUGUUCGUAGAAUCAAGAUAAAAUAAAUUCACCAUUUUAUUUUAUUUUACUUUA